GAUUAUCGCUGAUAAGGAUUUUGCUACCUUUACGGCCAAAGUCGAGCCACUUCGGACAAACGUACACAACACCCCCCCAAUCCGCACUCCGAUCGCCAGACUUGCUCUGGGUGAUUACUGAAUCCUUUGACAGAGAGGAGAGGACGUCGUCAAGAAGAAUUACUUCACAAUGGAGUCACUGCCGGCCACAAGGAGGGUACCCGUUCCCUCCGACCAGCAUUACAAGGGCGACCACAUUCCGCUCGUCGUAUCCCGCGAAACAGGCGAUAUCGUACCAGAGUCACACCAAGCCGAUCCGUUAGUACGGCCAGACAAGAUCGAAGCAACCCCCUUUGCAAAAUCAUGGGCGCACUUUGUUGCAGGAGGAAUCGGUGGUAUGACAGCCGCAGCCUUAACCGCCCCGUUAGACGUUCUCAAGACGCGACUCCAGUCCGACUUCUACCAAGCACAGCUCCGAGCCUCGCGACAAUCGCACGUAGGAGUGCCCCUCAACCCGAUUCGCGCCGCCUGGUACCACUUUAGCGAGACCGGCCAGAUUCUGUCGGCUGUGUACCGGCAAGAAGGCCCCCGCGCCCUGUUCAAGGGCCUCGGCCCCAAUCUCGUCGGCGUCGUGCCCGCGCGCUCCAUCAACUUCUUCACCUACGGCAACGGCAAGCGGCUGAUCGCCAAGUACUUCAACAACGGACAGGAAGGCACAUGGGUGCACCUCAGCGCGGGCGUGCUGGCGGGCAUCGUGACCAGCACCGCGACGAACCCGAUAUGGAUGGUCAAGACGCGGCUGCAGCUGGACAAAAACGUGGCGGCUGAGAGCGGAGGCGUGACGAGGCGGCAGUACCAGAACAGCUACGACUGCAUCCGGCAAAUCCUGCGCAACGAAGGGCUCCGAGGCCUGUACAAGGGCAUGAGCGCGAGCUACUUGGGCGUGGCCGAGUCGACGCUGCAGUGGGUGCUAUACGAGCGCAUGAAGACGGCGCUGGCGUUGCGGGAGGAGAAGAUUGUGCAGAGCGGGCGCCAAAAGACUUGGUGGGACCACGCGGUCAACUGGACGGGCAAUGCGGGCGCUGCGGGCGGCGCGAAGCUUGUCGCGGCCGUCCUCACAUACCCUCAUGAGGUCGCCCGCACCCGUCUACGACAGGCACCCAUGGACGGCGGCAAGCCCAAAUAUACGGGCCUGAUCCAGUGCUUCAAGCUCGUGUUCAAGGAGGAGGGCAUGGCCGGUCUGUAUGGUGGUAUGACGCCGCAUAUGCUCCGGACGGUGCCCAGCGCCGCCAUCAUGUUUGGCAUGUACGAAGCCAUCCUCAGGCUUCUUGGUACCCCGUCAUGAAAAAACCCAACGAUUAUGCGGGAUCACAACAAUUCAAUCCCGGAUUGAGACGGCCGGACGGACAUUACCGAACCAAGACAAAUAGGGAAACAGACCCCCCUUUUACCCUCUGUCCCACCCUUUAUACUUAUCCCCAACAUUUGGACAGAGAACGAACACGAGGUACAUCCAUCUCAACUCCUCAGACCUUGGCCAGCCACGUAUGAUUAUUUUACCUUUCACAAGGGCGCUUCAAGGUGUAAGCGUCCGCAACGACGAACCAUCUCCUCUACCCGCUUCCUGCUUGUGCCCAGCAAUCACAACAACUACAACACAAGAAACAGCCAUGGGUGAAUGAACCUUCCCAAGACACCCUUAACCUACUUGCUUGCUUUCUCAGCCAUUGUUUAGAAGCAGCAGGUGCUGUGUGUGGGUUUCAUACACGGAUGCCGGGUUUUUAUCCGCGGUUCCUAAUAUAAACCCCCCCACUCCUUGUUUCUUUUUUCUUCAUGAUUUUUCUUUUCAUUCCAACAAACAGCAAAGCAGUCAGGCAUCAUCAGCAGGGGAGAGAGAUCAGCAGCGGAGGAACGAAUUUCCAGUGUACGAUAGUGUUUGAGCGGAAAGUGAAACGGAGAGGAGCGCAAUGAUCAGUGCUGGCUUGGAGGUUUUUGUUCCGGUCAAUCGGUCGAGGAUCAAGCGAGCAAGAAGGGGAAGGUGCAAGCAAGGAAUCUCAGCUAUUAGGAGCCUGAGGUGGGCUACGUGAUGGUACAUACCAAGGGCUUCACUCGGUGCGGAUAUUUGAGGGAAAACAAAAGGAACAGCGAAAACUACCAGGCAUUGUAGGGAAUAGACAUAAAGUGACUUGAACCAGGGAUAUUUCGAUCAUCAUCCUUUUCAUGUUCGGCCGGGUUUUGUAAUCAGGCUGUACCUUAUACUUCCAUUCAAGGCACUGAAAUAGAACCGAGGAUAUUUAUUCGCGACGGCUGACA